AGUUUAUAAUACACCUGCGGUUUCUCGAGGUGCGUGAGAGAGGCGACUUCCACCCCCGGAGGUUUUGCAUCUUCUCUCACGAGUCCUCACCUCGUCCCUCGCAGAAGCAUCUUCAUCCCUCACUCCUCCCUCUCUCCUCCGCAUUGUUCUUGGAAUCGAAGAUUGGAAGAGCAAUGGGCAACGAAUUCGAUUACCUGUUCAAGCUUCUCUUGAUCGGCGAUUCCUCGGUGGGCAAGUCCUGCUUCCUCCUCCGUUUCGCUGACGACUCCUAUGUAGACAGCUACAUCAGCACGAUUGGUGUUGACUUUAAAAUCCGCACGAUCGAGAUGGAGGGCAAGACCAUAAAGCUGCAGAUUUGGGACACGGCAGGGCAGGAGCGGUUCAGGACCAUUACAAGCAGCUACUACCGAGGAGCUCAUGGGAUAAUUAUUGUUUAUGACAUCACAGACAUGGAGAGCUUCAACAAUGUGAAGCAGUGGCUUAGUGAGAUUGAUCGAUACGCCAAUGACACCGUAUGCAAGCUUCUUGUUGGCAACAAAUGUGAUCUUGCUGAGAGCAGGACUGUCGAUACUUCAGUAGCACAGGCUUAUGCUGAAGAGAUAGGCAUCCCGUUCCUUGAAACUAGUGCUAAAGACUCGAUCAAUGUCGAGGAGGCGUUCUUGGCAAUGUCUGCUGCAAUUAAGAACAGUAAAGCACGGAGUCAGGCAGCCCUGGAGAGGAAGCCCUCCAAUAUAGUUCAGAUGAAAGGGCAGCCAAUUCAGCAAGAGCAGCAGAAGAGUAGAUGCUGUUCAACAUGAGGCACAACGACGUCUAUCUUUGAAGAAUCAGUAAAAUGAUAUCUGCUAGAUGUGUUUCUCUGCCUUCGUUUAUUUUGAAACACAUAUAGUUGCAAAAAUGUAGUGGUGACAAACUCGAAAUGAUUCUGAGCCAGAACUCUGACUGCCAAAUUUCAUCAUUAUAUUCACAAA